CCAAACAACUUCAGGCUUGUAACAUAUAGCCAAAAACCAAGAAAACAAUCAUUCAUUUUAUUUUCUCAACUCUACCAUGUCGCUAGCCAGUCCGCCUCCAGAUGAUUGCAAAUCUGCACGUUAGACGUGAAAUUAAAAAAAAAGAGGCAUCGCGUAGAUCGAUUUUUCCCAGUAGAUAAACAGUAAUUUUCCAAUCGGGACGUACGUUUGGUUGCCAAGAAAAUAAGCUAGAAUCCGAACCUCGCAUUCCAUACACGCGUCUGCUUCGAAUCUCCUGGAUCGCCGUGAGAAAGAUCCGGAGCCAAUUCAAUUAGGUCAUUGAUUUCAGAGUUUUCCACUUCACCGUCUUCAAAAACUCAAAUCUAACAGACUCGUAUGUAGGUAUUGAGAUUACGAGGAGGAAUUGAAAUGUCGGGAGGCGAAUUCAGAGAUCACGACAUUCUGUUGGGGUCGAAUUCGUCGGCUUCGGAGAGCGAUUUGGAAAGUCAAGGAUCUCAUAAGAGUAAUAGACGAAUUGAAGAUCUGUUGAAGCGAUUGGAUCGAGGGUUUUCGGGACGCCGACUCAGCAUCAAUCGUUCGGAUUGGGAAGAUCACGGCGGAGAUGCCGUACUCGGCGACGGCGCUCCGCCGGAAUGGGCGUUGCUGCUCGUUGGCUGCCUUCUUGGUCUCGCUACGGGUCUUUGUGUUGCUGCCUUCAAUCGUGGAGUACAUGUAAUACAUGAAUGGGCUUGGGCUGGUACUCCAAAUGAGGGUGCUGCUUGGCUCCGUUUACAGAGGCUAGCUGAUACUUGGCAUCGGAUACUUUUAGUACCUGUUACAGGAGGCGUUAUUGUUGGAAUGAUGCAUGGCUUACUCGAAAUAUUAGACCAAAUAAAGCAGUCCAAUUCUUCUCAAGAACAGGGUUUUGAUUUGCUUGCUGGAGUUUUCCCCACUGUAAAAGCCAUCCAGGCUGCUGUUACAUUAGGUACUGGUUGUUCACUGGGACCUGAGGGCCCUGAUGUAGAUAUUGGAAAAUCAUGUGCCAAUGGAUGCUCUCUAAUGAUGGAAAACAACAGGGAAAGGAAAAUAGCUCUUGUUGCGGCUGGUGCAGCUGCUGGGAUAGCUUCAGGUUUCAAUGCAGCAGUGGCCGGUUGUUUCUUUGCUAUUGAAACUGUUUUGAGGCCUCUUCGUGCAGAAAACUCUCCUCCAUUUACAACUGCCAUGAUAAUAUUAGCAUCCGUUAUUUCAUCUACAGUAUCAAAUGCUGUACUUGGGGAGAAACAGGCUUUCACAGUGCCAACGUACGAUUUGAAAUCUGCUGCUGAACUACCUUUAUACCUGGUAUUGGGUAUGUUAUGUGGGGUAGUAAGUGUAGUAUUCACUCGCCUGGUAAAUUGGUUCACUGAGGCCUUUGAGUUUAUCAAGGAAAAAUUUGGCGUUCCUGCUGUUGUGUGCCCUGCUUUGGGGGGUUUAGGAGCAGGGAUAAUAGCUCUUAAGUAUCCUGGAAUACUCUACUGGGGUUUCACCAAUGUUGAUGAAAUUCUUCAUACUGGAAAGAGCGUUUCAGCGCCUGGAAUCUGGCUGCUAGCUCAAUUAGCAGCUGCUAAAGUUGUUGCCACAGCUUUGUGCAAGGGGUCUGGGCUUGUAGGUGGGCUGUAUGCACCAAGUUUGAUGAUAGGUGCUGCCGUGGGUGCUGUAUUUGGUGGUUCAGCUGUAGAACUAAUCAAUUCGGCCAUGCCAGGAAAUGCUUCUGUUGCCCAGCCACAAGCAUAUGCACUGGUUGGAAUGGCUGCUACAUUAGCUUCAGUUUGUUCAGUACCCUUGACGUCAGUUUUACUUCUGUUUGAGCUGACAAAAGAUUACAGGAUCUUGCUUCCUCUCAUGGGGGCUGUUGGGUUAGCAAUAUGGGUACCCUCUGUGACAAACCAGUCCAAAGAGACCGAGGCAUCUGAUAAAAGGAGCUUGAAUAGAGGCUAUUCUGCUCUCUCACCCACUGAAGACAAAAACGAGGUUACCUGGAGACAAGCUGAAGGUGGAAAUAAUUUAGAACUCCGUGUUAUAGGAAACGGUGAAAACCAAGAAGCAGUCGAUGAAGACAUUAUUCUAGAAGAUCUGAAGGUUUCUCAGGCCAUGUCAAAGAAAUAUGUGAAGGUUUCACGGAGUCUAACAUUGAAAGAGGCCCUUCAGUCUAUGCAUGACAAUGAACAGCAUUGUGUGCUAGUGGUUGAUGCUGAAGAUUUCCUAGAAGGAAUUUUAACAUAUGGUGACAUCAAACGAUUUCUGUCAAAGAAGUCUGGUGAUGCUUUGGAUGGUGAUUCAUCACUUCACGAUGUAAAUACAUGCCUUGUUUCUUCUAUAUGCACUAGAGGGAUAAGCUAUCGUGGCCGAGAGCGCGGACUUUUAACUUGUUAUCCUGAUACUGAUUUGGCAAUCGCAAAGAAGCUAAUAGAGGCCAAGGGAAUAAAGCAACUACCUGUGGUCAAGCAUGGUGGAGAAUUUCAAAGACAAAGAAAGCACAGAAUUGUUGCCAUUCUCUAUUAUGAUUCAAUCUGGAACUGUCUCAGGCUGAAAGAACUCCAUAUACUUCACACACGAUUUGGUAGAUCCCGAUUGUUUUAUCUACUACAAACAGAUCCAUAUGGAGAGGAGAUCAAUCACCUGCAAUCAGUCUAUCAGCAGAGAAAAGAUGACAAUCUUCAGGCAAUAAUUUCUAACGGUCACUAAUGUAAACGAUGGAAUUGAUUUUUGAUGCUCAAAAGUUUGAUUUCUGCCAUAGGUGAAACCAAUGUCGAAGUAAAGACAACAGUGGUCAAUUUUGCAGCAUCCAGAUUGGUCAAAGUAUAUAUAUAUAUAUAUAUAUAUAUUUUUGGUGCAUAUUUUGAGAGUUGAGAUCAUUAUAAUGAUGGAUUAUCUUGGUAUCUGAAAUUUCUUUAUGUAAUUAAGCACAUUACGUUGAGUUUACUCCAAAUUCAGUAGUUAAUAGGAGAGGUGUUUGAUUGAGAGAAAAUGAGAAUAUGAAUUAUAGGUGUACUGGGAAAAUUUGAGUUACGAUCCUCUAGGUGGUGAUUGGGUGUUUUUCAUUUACAAUUACAACAAAGAUGAAUUAAGGAACCUUCUAUUUUGUAUACCCAAUUCAUUGGCUCUUUGUAUAAUAAAAUUUUUAGACUUGUACUUUAUUAUA